CCAGCGGCGGCGGCAUUUUCCGGUGGCCACAAAAGCGGGAAACCCGAAUGCGCAAAAUCACGGCUGCGUUCAACCGGCUUUCCUUUUUAUUUUCACAAGCGAGUACAUUCGACUCCUGUUGCCCCCGUUUCCAUUUGUUUGGCCUGUAAUUCCAGCUAAGAGCUGCGGAAGCGGUAAGCGAACAGACGCAUGUCGCAGAUUUUCAAGGACGCCGUUGUGAACACAUCCAGAUCCGCAUACGAUGCCGGAACCAAUGGCUCACCGUAUUCGCCAAUAGGCCAGGCUUCGGCAAAUCAGCGACAAGCGGCACACUUGCCACACCACUUACCAGCGGAUUGGCGAGUUUGGAAAUCUCCUGGAAUCGAGGACUGCGCCCCAUAUUCGUUGUCAUACUCGGAUUCGCCCCAGAGACCUCGAUACUCGCCAAUAUCGUCAGCGGCAGGUAACUCCUUGGGAUCACAGUACUCUCCAGAAGAACCAGCAUCCUCGUAUUCGACCGCAAAUGAUUACUACUCAUUGUCGGAGUAUAGCCAUUCCACACCGACACUCUCCGAUGCUUCCGUACUGAACAAUCACCAGCAGCAGCAAAACAAGCAACGCCAGUACUUGGGUACCCCGGCCAACCACCUCGAUUCAGAGUCGCAUUCCUACCGCCCCGACGCGGAGAUUCAGUACUACGAGCAGUUUACAAGUGAAAUCUACAGCCAGCACUUUGAGCAGACCCAAGGUAACUGCCUUCAGGUUGCGCAAAGCACCGAGAUAAACGAGAAUUACCAGCCAGAUCUCCCAAUCGCUAACCACAUAGAGCUAGUAGAAGGUGGACAGGAGCUGUACUUCAGCACUGAAAGAGGAUCGUACCCAGAAGAAAAUCGAGAAGACGUAUUCCCGGGCUUUAUCAGAACAACGGGGGCAGUCGAUAAAAGAAAAGUCCCAGCUUCACUGCAGCAUGAUCUGCCGCAGAUUAAGAGCUCAGGACUGCUGGUAGAACCAACGGAUUUGCAUCCUCUCACCAGUUGUGUGCGCAACGCUCUCAAGCUUAUCAGCGAUAUCUGCGAAAACUUGACGGCCAAUCCAAAGCAUCAGCACGCCGAGGAGCAGAGCUGCAUCAUCAACCUAGUGCGCCAUAAGCUCGCUGAUGUGUGCCACACGCUGGUAGACGACGCCACCAACGGCCAGUCCACCGCGCAGACCUUAUCCCUGCUCAGAGAAAUCGCUGUGGGCAUCGAGCGCACCAAGCAGCAGGAAAAAAGCUUCAGAGAAGCGCAGGCGAAAAUCAUCGGGCAAUCUGACGACCUCCAGCAAAGCAUUUCAAUGGGCUUGGAUCUUCUGAAAAGAAUCCGUCAGUUUGUAACCGGUUUGUAUAAGCCGAAAGAACCAGAAUCGGACACCGGCGAAGAGGGCUCGGGAUCUGAAAGCCAAAGCGGAACAGGCCGUGGAGACGACCAGCAGCCGGAAACUAUUAAUAUACCCCGGAAGAGACGCAACCAGGAGGAAGAUCCUCGCCUGAUCAAGUACCGGCGCGUGGACAACUCAUUUCCCCGCUUUAUACCGAAUGAGCCUGCUGACGACCCAAUUCCCAACAAGUCUAUGGCAGAGCGAGAGCGCGAAAAUCAGCAGCAGGGCUCCAAGCGGCUGUCCAUAUUCAAUCCGCCAGUCUACACGCAGCACCGGGUGCGCAACAAUGCCCCUUAUGCCCCCAACCCAUUCGACCUCUCGGACGAUGAAGAGCCAUACCAGUCAUUUGCUAGCACCGGUUUAUCAUCCAAACCAUUCUCUUCAGUUGUCGCAUCAGGAAUAGCGCGUGUCACCCCGCAGCUUUCCUUCUCGGAUGCCGUGCGCCUGGGUCAGAAUGGCUUUGCAGAGACCCGUGUGAAUGGGCACAACACCCACAUGGGGGUGGGCCUUCGGGCCCCAUCUCGGGGGGAGAAGAGCAUCCUGACCCACGAGAUGGAGCGCAUGGAGCAUGAGCAAUACCUCAACCUCAUCAACGCCGUAUCCCAGAAUGAGUCCGGGACCAGCCGCUUCGCCAAGGCAAAUGCCCAGCAGCUGCAGAGCCUAGACACCCAGCCGGCCACCUGGAGUUCCAUACUGCGCGGCAGCCAGCUUCGACCAUCACAGCAGCCAUUGUGGCCCAAACGCGAGGAGGGCCACGUGAACCGCGAGCUAUCCGAGUAUGCCAAUAUGAUCAGCCGCGAGGCCGAACAGCAAAGCCGCGCACCGGCACCACCACCACCAGAGCUUAUGCAACUAGAUAACAUAAACAACAGCCAUGCGUCCACCAUUUCCAGCAGUGGCAGCUCCUCCAGCAGCUCGUCCAGCGGCUCCAGCAGCUCGUCGAGCAAUUCUGGGUCCCGGUCCGGGUCCGAGUCCGAGUCGGAGUCCUCUGUGAUGGUUGCUGCUGCCGGCAGUGUGGAAGGCAAAAAAUCUACUGUGAACAACCACUCUGGUGCUCAGAAAUCGAACAGCGUCCAGAAUGCAUCGACAUCUUUCACCGAAGCCUUGCAUCGUCGUUUUGCCAGCUGCGUCUUCCUCAAGGAUGACUUCGGAGACCAGUUUAGAUCGAAGGCUGCCCGAAGGCACGAGGAAAAUGAACAUCUCCGUGCAUUAGCAGUUAAGGAGGCUAUUCGCAGCACAGACGAACGCCGUAAAUACGAGGAAAUGCUCCGGGAAAACAUUUUCCAGUACCGUAUCCCUCACAAGCCCAUCUUCGUUAUCGGGGGCCUAGACAAGAAGGUUGCUAAAAAGGAGGAGCCUCAGCUCAUUCAGCUGAACGAAGAGCAUAUACGACGCUACGCCGAUUUAAUGCAGGGUCCACCUCAGCAGGUACUUAUUACCAAGUUUAACUUGCACAUCACCCGCGAUGACAUACGCACACUACUUGGAACCUCGUGGCUUAACGACGAGGUAAUCAACUUCUACAUGUGUUUGCUAACCAAGCGCUCGGAGGAGCGUGCUGGCCAAGUGCCUAGUGUUUAUGCCAUGAACACAUUCUUCGUGCCGCGCCUUUUGCAAGCUGGGCACUCGGGCGUAAAGCGCUGGACAAGGAAGGUGAACUUGUUCGCCAAGGACAUAAUCCCGGUGCCAGUUCACUGCAACGGUGUUCACUGGUGCAUGGCCAUCAUUCAUAUGCGGAACAAAACGAUCCGCUACUAUGAUUCAAUGGGGAAGCCGAACCAAAACGUGCUGGACGCCUUGGAGGCCUAUCUGCGCGAGGAGUCGUUGGAUAAGCGCAAACAGCCAUUUGACACCAGCGGCUUCGUCAGCGAAAAUGUCCCCAAUAUCCCACAACAAUCUAAUGGGAGCGACUGCGGUGUCUUCAGCUGUAUGUUUGCGGAAUAUAUUACCCGCGACGUCCCCAUUACCUUCACUCAAGCCGACAUGUCCUACUUCCGCAAGAAGAUGGCCCUGGAAAUCGCCGGCGGAGAGCUGUGGAUGUAGGCGAUUAGCCCCUUUAUCAAAUACUUGUGUCUAAACCCACACAGAAACUAAUUCUAGUUUAGCACGGAGGCGAGGAUCGAUUCUUAAUUUAUUAAUUAGUAAUCUAACAUAUACUUUCCAAGCAAGAAUUCGCAACAAGUGUUUAGCCAUCAGUCGAACUUGAUCUCGAAUCUGUCUCAAUUCGAUUGAAACGAGUUCGACCUGACGUAGCUUACAUGCGCAUACUUGUUUCCAUCUCAUUUACCACAUCGUAUGAAAAAGACACUGGCGACCCCUUAUGGCUCUUUUUAUUACACAAUAGCAUCAUGCAUCCACUACUAAAUGUAACAUCUUUAAAUAUCAGAUGAAACAAGAAGCAUAGGCAUCUGAAUGUAAGAGAGGAACUAGUUUUUCAAUAAAGCGCUAACAAGUAAAAGCAA